AUGGAGCCUGCAGCAUCAACGGGCCCUGCCUCGUCCCUUUUAUGGGGGGACAUGGUGUCACCGGCGGACAUGGUUGGCAUAUACAAACAACAGAUAUGCGAGGCAAUCGAGGUCGUCCUGCAAGCCGAGGGUAAACUGCUGCUGUUGAUACUGCAUGAGGUUGACGACACCAUCCUCGAAUGGCGCGACGUGCUGCAACAGAUCACUUCCUCAUUGCCGGGUACUCUUCAUGAGGAGCCGGUGACAAGUGCUUUACAAGAGUGUUUUGUGCAAUUGGAAGACCUUCAACAAAUCACGGCGCAACAGCUGGCGGCGAUCACCGUUGCAAAUUUGCCAGUGGAUGGGUGUUGCUCUGCUGCACUGGGAGUUUGGGAGGAGACUGAUGGGGGGCCGGCUCCCCCACUCCCAACGUCUUCGAACGAGAGCUUUGUGGAGGGGCAAGAUCGCUCUGCAGCACUGGGUCCGGAGGGUGAUAACUGUUUCGAUCAACCUUAUAUCGUCGACACUGUCGACACUGACAACGGAGCUGCUGUUGCUCCCACCAACAACAACGACAACAACAGCAACAACAACAACAACACCGACACCGGCAUCAACAACAACAACAACAACAACAACAACAACAACAACAACAACAACGAUAACAUGAUGGCUGCAAACGAGGAUGAUGGUGGCCGCCAGAAUAAUGGGAGGUUGGAUAGAUUAGUGCUUCGGAGCAAUUUCAUGAUGUGGUGGGCAGUCGGUCCCCUCUAUUGAGGGUGAUCGAAGCUGCUCACCGGCUAUAAAUGUGCGCCUGCGUUGCUGCUCGGCCGGAAUUGUGCAGUCCUA